CAAGGAGCAACUUGACAGCUUGACCAACGAUUUGUGCCGAUAUGCCAUGAAUGGAGACGAAUGGGCAGUAGCUUGCACCCAAGCCUCACUUCUCCAGAAGUCUCUGAGCCUUUUCGGGUUACGUUCUCAGUUCAUCACCCCGCCGAUUCUGAGAAGUCUUUUGUUCAGGCUCCGUCACGCUCUUACAUCCUCAACCAUCCUCACAUCGUAGUCUCUCUUGGUUAUUCCCUCAUUUACGUCUUUAACACGCUUCCGCUAUCGGCCGACCGGCCUUCCUCGAAAUGGCGACCGAACAAACCGACAACCCCAGGUCACAUAGCGAUUACACCAUAGGAUGGGUCUGCGCACUCGCCCAUGAAAGUGCAGCAGCAACGGCGAUGCUCGACGUCGAACAUAGUCCUCUCACGCAAAGACCCAAUGAUACCAAUUCAUACACCCUCGGGUCAAUCGCGAAACACAACAUUGUCAUCACUUGUCUCCCGAUGGGAGAAAUUGGCACAACUGCAGCAACCACCGUUGUAGAGCGAAUGUUAUCUACAUUUCCCUCCAUCCGCUUCGGGUUGAUGGUCGGUGUCGGUGGAGGCAUGCCGCCCAAAGUUCGUCUGGGAGAUGUUGUUGUCUCCGUACCGUCAAAUCAUUAUCCUGGCGUGGUUCAGUGGGACAUGGGAAAGACAAUACAAGGAUCAAAAGAGGAGGACGAAUCCUUCGAACGGACUGGCUCGUUGAACAGACCACCUCAUAUUCUGUUGACAGCGGUGAAUAAUCUCAAAGCACAACAUGAGCGGCGACCAUCCCGAAUCCCCGAGUUUCUGAAACAGCUAGAGAGCAACUCGCCAAUGAUGGCUUCAAGGUAUCUGAGGUCAGAGGCUCUCAAGGACGUACUAUUCCAGUCUCAAUACCUCCACCACACAUGCAGCGAUGAAUCACGGCUAGACCCGCGACUGCUUUUACUCAAAGUCUUUUCGAUUCUCAAAUUCAUACUCCAACUUUUUGUCCUCGGGUCAUGGAAACACAAUAUCCCGCAACCGCAAUCACUCCCGCACACUCAGCAUGCUCAACCUGGCCCAGAUGACUCGGAUAAGUUAUGCGCUUUAGGUCUGGAAUCUGAUGCGCUUGAUGACGAGGAAGACGAUGGUGAUUGUCGCUUCUGUGAUUCCACCAAGGUCAUCGAGAGAAAGCCACCAGCACGGAAGAUGCGAAUUCACUACGGAUUGAUAGUCUCGGGUAAUCAAGUCAUCAAGAACGCGCUCUCUCGUGAUAAGCUUAACGCUGAAUUUGGUGGCCAUGUUCUCUGUAUAGAGAUGGAAGCCGCUGGGUUGAUGAACAACUUCCCAUGUCUGGUCAUACGGGGAACUUGUGAUUAUGCGGACUCGCAUAAAAACAAGAGAUGGCAGAGACACGCCGCCGCUGUUGCGGCUGCCUAUGCAAAGGAGCUUCUGCACGUGGUGCGGCCGGUGGAUGUGAACGGAGAGCGAGCAGCAUUCGAUAUCAUCAAAGAAGUCAAGCAGAAGGUUGUGGAGACGGCGGAGAAUGUAAACUACCUUAAACGCGGACUGCAGCGGCGAGAAGAUCUGGAUGUACUGGACUGGCUCACACCGAUAAACUUUGGGUCACAACACAGCCUUUCUCGGGAUAAGCAACAAAGAGGCACCGGUACGUGGUUCCUCAAUUCGGCCAAGUACCAAACAUGGAGAGAUGAGGACCGGAAGGUACUGUUCUGUGAAGGCAUCCCAGGGGCUGGGAAAACAAUUCUGUCUUCCAUCGUCAUUGAAGAUGUGACGAAUAUUACCCAUUCUCUGGCCGGCGAAAUUGAGGCUGCUUAUAUAUACUGUGAUUACAGACGCCAGGGCGAACAAACAGCCCUCACACUUCUGUCCAGUCUCACAAAGCAGUUGUGCCUCUCAAAGGAAUCUUUGUCGCCUGGUGUUGGAGCACUACAUGCGAAACACACAUCCAAGUCCACCAGACCAUCUCUCCAGGAAGUAACUCAGGCAUUGAAGGACGUCAUCAAGCACUUUACUCGAGUCUAUGUUAUUGUUGACGCACUUGACGAAUUGCUCGAUGAUGAAGACCAUCGGACGGCUUUUGUGGACGGACUUCGAAAUCUUGGACAGUCUUCCCCAAAUCUUAAGCUAUUCGUCACUUCAAGGCCACUUCUUACAGACAUUAGCCAAUUCUUCGACGAUGCCGCCAAAGUAGAAGUUUCUGCCAACCAGGAUGACCUGAGGAGAUACGUGGACGGGCGCUUUUCAAAAAUGCCAGUCUCAUCGCCGCUCCGCGCCAACGAGGUUCUACAGCAAGAGGUGAAAGACACGAUAUCACAAGCCGCCCGCGGAAUGUUCCUUUUGGCGCAGUUAUAUAUGGACUCACUCAGAGACAAGUCUACGCCCAAAGAAGUGCGCGAUGUAUUGCAAGGUAUGCAACAUCAGAACAAUGCCUCAAAGAAGUUCUCGGUAGAGGAACGACUCUACAAAGCCUAUGACGAAACCAUGGCGCGGAUCGACAAGCAAGAACUAGGCUUUCGGGAUCGUGCAACGCAAAUUCUUCUCUGGAUCACGCACGCAGAACGACCUCUUUCGACAGACGAACUCAGGCAUGCCCUCGCUGUUGAGAUUGGUAGCAACGAGUUGGAUGAAGACAAUCUCGUUGCCCGCCUGGAUGUGUCAAUUUGCGCUGGACUGGCAAUCGUCGACUAUAAAACCCAAGAAGUCCGCCUGGUCCAUUACACUACGCAAGAAUAUCUGGAACAGCGCCACUUCAAACUGUCCUGGAGCAUAAACCCGCAUAACACAAUCACGGAAGUUUGUGUCACCUACCUCAUGUACUCCAUUUUCAAGAGCGGGCCUUGCACUCUCCAUGACCAGUAUCUUGAGCGGAUCUCAAAAUACUCGCUUUAUUUGUAUGCUGCGAAGUACUGGGUCGAGCAUGCUCGUCUCUCUUCUGAGGCCUCCAAGUUUCUUCCGGACUUCUUGCAGUGUAAAGAGGCCAUGAGAGCUGCAGCUCAGGCUGAUUAUAUUGGGUUAAAGAAGUUUAUUUGGACAUUUGAGAGCUGGGAGACAAGAGAAAGUAAAUAUGCACCCCGAUCGGCAUUUCACUUGGCUGUGAAGUAUGGCCUUCACAAAGCUGCAGAAGCACUUCCCGAAAGAAGUGAGGAUCUGGACGCCUUAUAUGAGCGAAAAACACCACUCUACAUGGCCUUAAGGAACGGAGACAUGACUAUGGCCCGGACUCUCCUUCGCAAGGGAGCGCAAGUUCGCGUACUAGGUGGAACCCCAGUACUUGAAGCCUUUACUGGCGAAAUAUACCGCAAAUUCGAGUGUGACGUGUCGAUGGUUGAAGAUCUGCUCAACAAUGGAGCUGAGAUAGCAAAUUCUGUGGGAGAUUGCCCUUUACUAUUCGCUGCAGCUGGAUCUGGUCACGAGCAACUUGUUGCUCUCCUAUUACAAAGGGGUGCUAACCCGGAGACUUUGGGUGAAUUAUAUUGGACGAGUGGCAAAGUCACAUCCCUGUUUACUGCAACUCACGAAGGGCACUUGGGGACAGCAAUGAUUUUGUGGAAGUCUGGAGCCGAUCCAAAUCGAAGUUUUCCUGAGUACAACCUGUCUGCGCUCCAUAGAGCUGUCGAAAAUGGACACGAACAACUUGUCGAGAUGUUUCUUGGAACAGAAAAUGGUAUGCAACUCAGCAUCUCCGGAGAUUCUCCGGUUGAUAUUUCCCGCGUCGAGUCCCUGGACUAUGGCCUCAAAGCAGAGAGCAUCGACUUGGCUAAGGAGUGCAACUCGAUCUCAGCCCAGAUAGCCGUGGACAUUGAGUCUCAAGAUGUUAAUGGUCAUACCCCGUUAGCAUUGGCGGCAAAAUUAGGUUAUUGCUGUGUUGCUGGGAUCCUGUUACGCCGUGGUGCUAAUAUUGAGGGUCGGGCCAAAGAAAAUGAGUUUCCGUCUCAGGAAAGUUGGAUUAGGAAUGAGUACUAUGGAAACCGCCGCCAGGAAACUCCACUCCUACUGGCGACUCGUAAGCAGAGAAGCGAUAUGGUCAAGCUUCUCCUUGAGAAAGGUGCCGAUAUUGAGGCUCGGAACUACCGCGGGGAAACUCCACUAUUAGUGGCAGUUGAUAAGGAGCAAAGCGAAAUGGUUAAACUUUUCCUGGAGAAAGGUGCCAAUAUCGAGGCUGCGGAUGAAGACGGGUGGACGCCAUUGCUGGCGGCAGCAUACAGAGGGAAUGCUCAUUUGGUCGAGCUACUUCUGCAAAAUGGUGCCGACAUUGAGGCUGCGGCUCCAGAUAGGUAUACGCCAUUGCUCAUGGCAGCAGAAGAGGGAAAUUCCCUUGUAUUCGAGCUACUUCUUCAAAAUGGUGCUAAUAUCGAGGCUACGAAUUCAAAUGGUUGUACGCCAUUGUUUGCAGCAAUUUAUACAAGCGAUGCUCACCUCGUUGAGCUCCUUGUCGACAAGGGGGCCGACACUUUCGCAAUAAAUGGUGACGGACAUACUACGCUGAUGAUGGCAGCGGCAAAUGGAGACUCUCGUCUGGCGGAGCUAUUUCUUCAAAAGGGUGUCAAGAUCAAUGCAGUAAAUGAGCGAAGAGAGACCGCGCUGUUCUGCGCGGUUGUCAAUGGGCGCGCUUCUCUCGUCAAGUUCCUUCUCAACAACGGUGCGACUAUCGAGCCUCAGGACAAACAUGGAUUGCUAAAGCCCUUAGCUUGGGCAGAGUUUUUAGGUCACACGGAUGUUGUUCGAGUGCUCGUCGAAGAGUGUCCUAAUAUCAGGAAUCGAGAGGACGAUGGUGAAACUCUGCUCUGUCUGGCUGUAAGAGGGGCAGAGGAAUACUGGGUCGAUAGACUCCUGGAGAAGGGGGCCCAAACUGAAGAAAGGAAUGGACGCGAUCAAAUCCCACUGGAGGUUGCUUUGGACAUGAAUAAUAAGGACACGGUCGAUGCACUCUGCUACGCAGAUGCUGACAUUGAGAGUACGGACUCUCAAGGUCGCAAACAUCUGGUACACGCUAUCUCCAAGGGGUUGGUGGAAUGCCUGAAGGUGCUACUUCUGUAUGGGGCCAAGACGGACACUGGCACCUUCAAUUCGCAGACCUUGUUUGAGAUGGCAUACGAGGGUGGCUCCCAAGCUCAUCGGAAAGUGUAUCGAGUACUGAUGGAGCACGGAGGUUUCACACUUGAUACAAUACCGGCGGGACACUCGGAUUGGCUAAGAUAUGACGAGGAAGGUGCAUUAUCGGUUUAUGAAGCGAUAGACGAAAGCCUGAUCGACAAUGUCUCAAGGGCGGAUCUUGCAGGUGAAGAUCUAGACGGAGUAGCACCGAUCUUGGAUCCGCUACAGUAUCUACCCGUGUGGGUGGAUCUCAUCCGAGCCAUCAUUUGA